CAGCAAACAUUCCUCCCGCAGCUGAGAGAGAGUGUGUGUGUGUACAGGGACAUGAUAUCGACUGUCAGCGCUGCUCUUCCCCGCACACAUCAUGGGCUCCACCGCCCAGAGCGACCAGAGCACAGCUCCAGCUUCACCGCGAUGGCCCGGACUCGCUUCUGUGUCGCGGAUCGCGUGUAUUGUUGAGAUCUUUGAGGUGUAAGAUGUGGCUGAUGGUGCUGUGGACUCAGGACAAGAUGGCAGCAGUAUGAGACACACAAACACACACAUCUACAUGCUGUGAGUUCAGUUGAAGUGUGUAAAAUGAUCGGAGAAGACCUGGAUUAUAUCUACUGUUACUCCGUGUGAAAGGUAUGGCCUCACAAGUCUUGGUCUACCCACCACAUGUUUUUCAAACUCAGACAAGUGCCUUUUGUAGUGUGAAGAAACUCAAAGUCGAGCCCAGUAACUGUGUUUACCAUGAGAGGGCCUACCCACAGACUUACUUGAACGGUAGAACCCUCGGCAUCGCUUACCCGACAAAACUCACCGCUUCGUUUAGGACACGAGAUUCUGCGAUCGGCAGGCACCGCGGCCCGGACUUCCCGUUGCAGACCGCGGCCGUACGCGGCGUGCGGCGUCAGAAAGGGGGCGUCUCCUCUCAGGACAAGGAGUCGGAGCAUCAGGACAGAGGAAGGGGCUGCAGCAGUGGAGCUACAGGGGCAGCUGGAAGGGGUCGGGGAGAGGGAAGCGGCAGUCAAGAAGAAGAAGGAGGAGGUGGAGGAGGACAGGGCGAAGGUGACGAAGGCGGUGGAGGAGAGGACGAGGGCGACCGGGAGGACUGCGGAGGUUUCAACUCGCAAGACGGCUCCCACAGAUGCGGGCUGAAACGUAAGAGCGGGGAGCUGGAGAACCUGGGAAGCGCCAUGCAGAUCGUCGAGGACCUGUCAAUGUUACCUGCGAUGUUGCAAUCUAAUGUGGGAAACCCUGCGGCCGCGGUGCCGCCGGCGCCCGCCAAGCGAGGCGGGAACUCCGGAAGCGCGGAUGGAGACUACCAGCUGGUGCAGCACGAGUUGCUUUGCUCUUUGAAGAACACCUACGAGGUUUUAGACUUCCUGGGCCGCGGUACGUUCGGCCAGGUGGUGAAAUGCUGGAAACGAGGCACCGGCGAGAUCGUGGCGGUCAAGAUCCUGAAGAAUCAUCCGUCGUAUGCGCGGCAGGGCCAGAUCGAGGUGGGCAUCCUGGCGCGCCUCAGCAGCGAGAACGCCGACGAGCAUAAUCUGGUGCGAGCUUUCGAGUGUUUCCAGCACCGCAGCCACACCUGCCUCGUGUUCGAGAUGCUGGAGCAGAACCUGUACGACUUCCUCAAGCAGAACAAAUUUAGCCCGCUGCCUCUGAAGGUGAUCCGUCCCAUUCUUCAGCAGGUGGCCACGGCGCUAAAAAAGCUGAAGGCCAUGGGCCUGAUCCACGCCGACCUGAAGCCCGAGAACAUCAUGCUGGUGGACCCUGUACGGCAGCCCUACCGGGUGAAAGUUAUAGACUUCGGCUCAGCUAGUCACGUCUCCAAAGCCGUCUGCUCGACGUACCUCCAGUCGCGGUACUACAGGGCUCCAGAGAUCAUUCUUGGCCUGCCGUUUUGUGAAGCCAUAGACAUGUGGUCGCUGGGAUGUGUGAUCGCUGAGCUCUUCUUGGGCUGGCCGCUGUACCCAGGAGCCCUCGAGUUUGACCAGAUUCGCUACAUUUCUCAGACGCAGGGUCUGCCAGGAGAGCAUCUGUUAAAUGUGGGGACGAAGACGUCUCGCUUCUUUUGCCGGGAGUCGGACUCGCCGUAUGCGGCCUGGAGACUUAAAUCCACAGAAGAGCACGAGACGGAGACGGGGCUGAAAUCGAAAGAAGCCAGAAAGUACAUCUUCAGCUGUUUGGAUGACAUAGCGCAUGUGAAUCUAGUGAUGAAUCUGGAAGGCUGUGAUUUGUUGGCAGAGAAGGUUGAUCGUGCAGAGUUUGUGGGUUUGCUGAAGAAGAUGUUAUUGAUAGACGCAGAGGAAAGAAUCGCCCCGAGUGACGCCCUUAGCCAUCCUUUUGUCACCAUGCAGCACCUGCUAGAUUUCCCCCACAGCAACCAUGUCAAAUCGUGUUUUCACAUCAUGGACGUGUGCUGCUCUCGACCUGGCGGUUUUGAGUCUCUAAACCGGACCAAGGCUCCGUUUGUCAGGACUGUCCCGAGCACCGGCGCGGCGCCCAACAUCACCCUGCCCUUCUGCAAGGUCACCGGCAUUCACACUCAGGCUUUAGCCUCAUCUGGGCCUUCAGUGAUGCAUCCUGGGAUACCUCUCCAGACAGGAAGUGCUCAGUUUGGUGACUCUUUCCAGCAGGCGCUUAUUCUCUGUCCUCCAACCUUGCAAGGUCUCCCACCCAACCCAAAAAAGCAGACGGGAUACUCUGUGCGUAUGGAAGGUACAGUCCCGCUGGUGACUCAAGCGUCUGCCAUCCAGCCUCUACAGAUCAGACCAGGGGUCAUUACACAGCAAGCGUGGUCAAAUCGUGCCCAGCAGAUCCUGGUGCCCGCCUGGCCUCAAGUGGCCCCUUCAGCAACAACACUGGCCUCAGAAACCGUGGCGGGUCCACAGAGACUAGCAGAUUGGGGGAAAGUUCAUUCCCUUGGCAACCAUUACAGCUCCAUAAUGCCCCACCACCAGCCGCUGUUAACCAACCACAUGGCCAUGUCAGCUCACCAGCCCAUCAGCAUAGGGAUCGCUCAUGUGGUGUGGCCGCAGACAGCCGCUAACAAGAGAAAUAAACCAUCUUCAAACAGAAGUAACAACUUCACGCACAGCACCAAUUCCCAAAACUCAUCAUGCCAGUCCCCAAAGAUGGUCAACAGUGCCAAAAACACGGAGGAGGAGGCAGCGGAUUGUGUAGUGGAGGCGGAGUCAGAGGUGGUGCCGGAGGAGGAGCCUGCGUGCCGUAAAGCAGAACCGGAGUACGAGGACUCAGCUGCGUCUCAGAAGCAGAGACAGACCAUAGUGAUCGCUGACUCUCCGAGCCCCGCAGGCAGCGUCAUCAGUAUCAGCAGUGGAACAGAUGAGGAGGGGCCCGACGCUCAGAAACAUUCACUAGAGUGUAAGGGGAGUCCGGAGUGUGAGGCGUGUCAGAGCACACUGAAUAUGGAGCGCGUGUGUUCCCUGAGCAGUCCCGAUUCGACCCUUAGCACCAGUUCAUCUGCUUCAGAGCAGUCCAGCGCCUCCCCCUGCAAGAGACCCAACAGUAUGUCGGAUGAUGAGCGUGAGAGCGGAUGUGAUACGGUAGACGGCUCGCCCGCGUCAGUGUCGUCCAGUCGAGCUGACAGCCCCUUCCUGGAGGCCACUUAUAUUAAUGACAACAACCAGAACUGCAAAGCCAGUGGACCUACAGAAGCAGAGUCUGCCAAGCUGCCGGUGCGCACCAUGGUGGUGCCGCCUAUGCGGGUUCAGAAUGAGCCGAUGAGCCGCACAGAGCCGUCAUUCCCACCCAAAGGCCGCAGCGGAUCCAACAGACAGCCGCCUUACUCCACAUUACUGGUGAACCGCCAACAGAAGACCGCGCCGGCUUUCCCGCCCCUACAGCCCUCUCAACAGCAGCUCCCCUUCGCACAGGUCCAGCAUUACGGCUCGUCCCACCAGGAGUGGAACGGCAACUACAGCCACCGCCGGCCCCAGGCGUUCAUCCCCCCCACCGUUCACGGCCACACGUUCACGCUGCCUCACGGCAGUCCCACGCACACCGCCCACCCUCCUCAGUCGCACCUGGGCGUCCACCCUCACACCCAGCCCGCUUUACUGUCCUACCCCCCUUCAGGUGCUCUAGUGACAAACGCCCCCGAUGGCCCACCUCUUGGCUUCACCUGGGGCCACGCGGAAUCACGUCUUUCCGCCGGCGUAUGGCCUGUCCCAUCCGGCGGGACACCUCGUGCACCAGGUCACUGUGGGGCUCAACCGCCUCUUGCCCUCCCCAACCCUCCAUCCUCAGGGGCAAUUCAAGCCCCUGUUCCCUCCACACUCCUUCAUCGCAUCCCCUGCGUACGCAGGCUUCCCGCUCAGUCCCACCAAACUGAACCAGUACCCGUACGUCUGAGACUCGCUCCGCAACCCUCUGGAGGGCACGGACGUAACGCCAGGCUCCGUGUAGAAACCGCAAACCACCUGGUUCCUGCACCCGAAGCCGUGGCACGAGAGAGAAAGGAAGCGGUUUCUCUGAAUCACGUAGACUUGAUUGAGUGCAAUUAAAAUGAGCUUUAAAAGAGGAAACGUUUGGAAAGUCUUUAGCAAGUAGAUAAAGAAAGCGCACGGUUGAGAAGCAAGCGAUUGGAUAAAUAAGAAAAUAAAACUGUUUUGCACAUUUGAUACAUCACCUUAUCGGAUUGUCAGAUCUUCAGAUCGGAGCGCUCCGCUAAUGAAUAUCAGUGACGGAUGGUGUCCAAAAUCAUGUGAUGAUCAACUUAUUUUUAUACAUUGCCUUUACCUUGUAUACAACACACGUUUGUUUGUAAAAACAGCCCAGUACGUUGUUGACAACUGAGAAUAUGUGUCCACUUGCCGUGUUUUCUUGCGUUCCAAGUGUUUGUACUAUCCGCGUCUUUGGUGUCGUUUGGGACAGAGUCCCCGGAAGGAGUCGUUCGUCACGCGCUGCAUGUGUUGCAUGAUGUUGAUCGGAGAGAAGCCCGUAGGGGCCGUCUCGACGUGUCUAGAGGCUCGCUGCGUCGUCGUCCCCAGCCAUAGUGCCUUAUAUAUCGGCAGUCGUUUGUGUUCUACUACACGAUCUCUCUCUCCGUGUGUGUGCGUGUGUAUAUACACGACGUGUUUGUGUGCGUACGUGUCCUGGACUGUAGCACUUGCAAUUCUAAUCAGUCCACGCGUUAUUCGUGUGAGCGCGUGCGCGUGUGUAUAUGUAUUACGUAAAUACACACCGGUGUAUUAUUUCAUGCGUAGAUAGGCAUCGAUGUACUGCAUUGCACAAAGCGCAGUGCUUAUUUUUGGAUCCAAUGUAUAUUUGAGAUGUAGUGAGUUCCUUUUUUUCGUUAAUUCAUCGGAAGACGGCACGCUUUUGCUGCUGCGAACGCUUGCUGUUGGAUUUGUUCUUACUCUCAUUGUUUUGUUAUCUUAAAUGGACUAGUUGUGUAGAGAAUGCAAUGGAUUUCUAUUCAGAAAAAUCUACAGAACGAACAGUAUUUGUACUGUUCAGUAGAACUGCAAUACAAUCUCUGGAGUUUGGUUUUCUUUUUGUUUGUGUAUUUAGUUCUUCGGGUUUGUGUGUGUGUUUGUGUUUGCUGUGGUGGGCAUGGCUUCGACUAGAUGAAGACACAAAUGCAAAUCUCGGUCUUUGAUUCAGGGUCAUGGAUUCAUCUUAGCCUGAGCAGACCAUGCAGUAUUUGAUGUAUAGACACAUAUGAGUAUAUAUAUAUAUAUAUAUAUAUAGAGCUAGUUUAUUUAGUGCUGAAGCUUGACACGGUGUGUUUAAGGUGUGCAAUUCUCAUUUAUGCAUGUGUGAAUCGAUUCUUUUUUCUUAAUUAUAUCAUUAUAUCAUAUGUUGAAAGCUUGUUGGUGUCAACUGUAUUUUAUACAUUCCGUCAGGGAGAAAUAAAUAUAUUGUGUGUGCAGUUUAUUAUAUAUAUAUAUAUAUAUAUAUAUAUAUAUAUAUAUAUAUAUAUAUAUAUAUAUAUAUAUAUAUAUAUAUAUAUAUAUAUAUAUAUAUAUAUAUAUAUAUAUAUAUAUAUAUGAAAUAUGCAGUGUGCAUUUUUGUUUUCAGUUUGUUCUGCUUGGUUUUGUGUGUUUUUGCCUCUCAAAUGAAGUUGCUUGUGCAUCACCAAAGACUGUAAUUUAAAAGCUCUGUUCCAAACCUGGUGAUUUGCCUUCAAGGCAUCGUAGUUCUACUCCCGAUGGACUCUCAGAUGGAAAAAUAUCAUCUUCUGUGGCUCUAACAUUGGAAAAAUGGCUCCACUUGUGUCAAAUGUGCCUCAAAAACAACACACUCAGUCGCUGUCAGAGUUGUGUUUUGGUCAGUCAUGUUUGCAGAUGUGGCAUCACGAAUGCCAUACAAUGUAUUGAUGGUUGCUUUUGUUAUAAAAUGUCUUUUUUUUUUUUUUUUUUUUUUUUUUAACAUUACAAAAAUCAAUCCAAAAUUUUGUAGCAGACAUGCUAAAGAUGAACUGAGCGGUUUAUUCAGCAUAUGGAAGCAUCAGAGCUCUGUCUGAGAUGCUUUCUGUUAAAUACCCUUGUUAUUCAUAUAAAUCAAAAAUAGUUACAUUUGAUGAAAAAUGUGAGUAUUUUCCCUAGUGUUUCUGUGAUCUGAAUCUGUAUGCCUACAAGUGUAAGAGCUGUUUGAGCAGUGCGCUAACAUCAAGCUAUGGAAUUCAGCUGGCCGGGGCGUUUCGCAGGAUUCGGGAUGUUUGUGUGGCUUGCGGAGUUGCUGCAUCUGUAGAACGGCCUCCGUCGUCUGCUUAUGUUGGCAGCAGACCGAGAGGCAGUUCGCCAGGUUUCGGAACAGAGCCGUUUCUCUGAGCAAGGUAGCUACUUUCUCUGCAUAGACCUCACGUAUACUGUAGUAAUUAUAGUCAUGGGGUAAAUUUCAAGAAGUGUAUUUAAAAAACGGCUGAGGUUACGUUUAGCUUUUUGAACAAGUAAUAAGUCGUGUCAUCUAUCUUGAAUGUAUCAUAGACAAGCUGCUAUAUAUUGAUUGCCACUUCAGAUAGCUGUGAAAUUAGAUUAGACUAGUUCAUAUCUGCAUUUGUUUAUUUCUAUGGGUCUCUCUGAUUGCCUAAACUAGAAGUGGAUUUUGAUUUCAAGUAACCUUUUUGCUUCAAUGUUUGGAGUGUCAUUGUAACUACUGUAUUGCUGAUAUGGGACAUUCAGAAUUUGUUUUCUUUUUUUCUUUUUUUUUCUUUUUUUUCAAAUCAGUAUUGUAUCUACAUAACCGUUCUGGCUCAUCACUGCAUAUUAAUGGAUGUAUUUGUGUAACUUAAUUUUUGUAUGUUUACCCGUUUAUCUGUUUUUGACUUGUAAUAGCUUGCAGGAUUGAUUUAACUUUAUCCAGUUAUUCUGCGGUGGUUCAGAAAUACAUCAGUGUUUUUCUUAAGGGUUUUUUUUUUUUUUUUUUUUCUCGGUUAAUACGAUAUAAUGAACCCCAUAACCUCAUGCCACUGAGCACUUAUUAAAACGCUAGUGUGCUGUAAACACAUGGCCAUGCUUUGAUAUGAGAGUACAGUGAUCUAAUGAAUUUAGUGUCCAGCUGGAUUGUGAUUUUUAUUAAUGUUUGUCAUUAAUGGAGAACAUGUUUUUAGCAAACUAUCACUGAUGUCAGCUGAUAUGUUAUAUUCAUGUUUGGUCAUGUCUUUUUUUCUUUUUCUUUCCUCGUGAACAGUGUGAGCAACACUGUGUGUGCCUUGAUUGAGAUAUUGGUAAUGACACAUUCACUUUGCAAAAACAAGUAUUCAGCUCACCCACUGACCAGACCAAAUAAUAGAGAACAAACAGUGUAACUUUCCAUUCCAGGGAUCGAAAUGGUAAUGUACAUGUUUAAAAUUAAAUGAAUAAAUCAAAGAUGGUAUUAAUUUGAGUUAUUGUUCACUAAUAAAUGCCUCGUUAAUCUUAACCUUUUUUUUUUUUGACAUUCUAAUUUCAGUCUUUGCGUAAAGAAUGUAAUCUAUUGCACCCUGUGCAUGUUUCGAUCCCUGUGAAAUGGCAUUCACCAGCAUUUAGCCUGAAUACAUCCAGUGUCAAUAUAGAAAAGACUGUACUCAACACUUUCGGUAUUUAUUGUAUGUUCAUAUUUAAACAAAUUCUAAUGGAUAUGGAGGAUUUCUGUUGAACUCUUUUUCUAUUAACAGCGUUCAAUAAACAUUAACGCCACCGUUUUAAUGAGAUUCAAUGCUUUUAUGCAUUUUUAUUAUUCUUUUUUUGAAAGUAAUGUAUUGGCAAAAUAACAACUGGGUCUUUUUGCUGAAUUAUUUUACCUAAAUUAUUUGCUAUUUAACCUGAAAUCGACUUCCCGAUAAGUUUUUUUCAAUCGGUGCAUACAAGUUUAAUGGUUUCUAGCAUAUUUUACAAUCUGUCAAAGAAGUUAUUUCACACUGCAAGUUAUAGAUUUCAUGUUUCAAUGAUUUGGUUAAUUAAGAGUUGAUCAAAUUAAACUGUUAUUCACUGUUUUGAUAUUUGUAGACAUUUGUGGCUUUCUGUUGGGCGUUUCAUUGCUAAUAUGAUUUGAUGCUACACUAGUUUGUCACGUAGCACUUGCACUGUGCAAUAUUUAACAGUAUGAGGACUGGGGAAAUGUAACCCUUUGGAUAUAAUGUCUUUACAGAGUGUAAUUGAUGUUUCCUCUCUAGUUCUCAGUGAAUAAAGAUGUGACCAAGCCUUCUCUACUUAGUCACAUUAAACAGAA